AUGCCUACGCCAGCAUCUGCGCCUGCAGCCAAUCAAGAACUUAUUGAUGCGUCAUGGCGAGAGCAUGAGGCAGAUGGCAAGAAGUAUUACUCUAAUGCCUACACUAAGGAGACGACAUGGGAGAUGCCCGAGGCCUUCGCGAAACUUCAGCAGGCCCAGCGACCUCCACCUCAGGGUCCUUCUUACGUCGCCGGCGGCGCUUCUUCGUACCUCCCUCCUUACAGCCAGAAAUACAAUGAGCGAGACGACUUUCAGCCACCGGAGCGACGAUUCACAGAUCGUGAGGAUAGAUAUGGAGGCGGCAGCGAGCGUGAGAGAGGUGGAGUCUCGUUCAUCUCCACGGGAAACGAGCCAGCUUUUGCGAGCCGUGAGGAAGCCGAAGCGGCCUUCAUGAAGAUGCUCAAAAAAUCUGGGGUGCAGCCAGACUGGUCUUGGCCUCAGGCCGUUCGGGCUUGCAUCACUGACUCAAAUUGGAAGGCGAUACCAGAUUUUAACGGCCGGGAAGAGGCUUUCAAGAAGUACUGCGCCGAUCUUCGCAGUCAGGAGAAGGAGAAGGAACAGGACAGGCAAGCCAAAGUCCGCUCCAACUUCAUGGCCAUGCUAAGGUCACACCCGGAGAUUAAGUGGUACACUCGGUGGAAGACAGCGCUCCCUAUUAUCGAGAAUGAGUCCAUCUUCCGCACGGCGAGGGAUGACAACGAAAGGCGACAAUUAUUUGAAGAGUACAUCCUUUCUCUUAAGAAAGCUUAUGUUGAGGAUGAAGAACAGGAACGAGCGUCUGCUAUUGACAAGAUCGCCGACAUCUUGCAGAAUAUUGACUUAGAACCCUACACACGCUGGAAGGAUGCACAGGAAGCAAUCCAGAAGAAUCCGGAGUACAUCGAGCGCGAGAAGGUUAGACCUUUCUAUCAGAUCGAUGUUUUGAACGCCUUCGAGAAACACAUCAAACAGCUCCAGGUUCAGUUCAGUCAAAAGGUGAGCGAGGACAAGCGUGUUGAGAAACGAGUGGAACGUAAGAACCGCGAUGCUUUCAGGGAGCUGCUUGAUGAGCUCAAGAAAGCUGGCAAGCUCAAGGCCACGACAAAGUGGAUGGAAAUUCACGGCCUCAUCGAAGACGAUCCUCGAUACCAAAACAUGCUGGGCCAGGACGGAUCAUCGCCACUCGACCUCUUCUGGGAUGUAAUUGAAGACCAGGAGCGCGUUCUCCGCAAUCAUCGGAACGUUAUUUACGACUUGUUAGAUGAUCAUCGAUUUGAAAUCACUUCCAAAACUCCCUUUGAAGAGUUCCUCUCUGAUAUGCGUCUCGAUCCCCGCGCUAACGACAUCGAUGACUACUCUCUGAACCACAUCUUCGAAUAUCUCCUCGAGAAAGUCAAAAACCGCGAGCGCCGUCAAAUGGACGACUUCCGCUCCGCCCUUAAGCAUCUCGAACCUCCAAUCUUGGUUACUGACACAUGGGAGGAUAUCCGCCCUCGUGUCGAGAAACUCAAGGAGUUCCGCGAACUUGAUGCCGAGAAACUUCGCGCUGCCACGUUCGAGAAGUACAUCCGUCGUCUGAAGGAAAAGGAGCAAGAAAAGCGUGAUCGAGGCGAACGGACUAGGCGCGAGGGACGUGACCGCGAGAGGGAUCGAGAUCGUGAGUACAGGAAUGGUCAAUCCGACCGCCAACGCCGCCAUCAUACACGAACUCACUCGCCAGAACAACAAGAUCCAUACGAAGCCGACCGUCGCAAAGCGCAACAGGACAGAGAGUCACGGUACAAGAAAGAAGGCGCCACUGGCUUGUCUCCACCCUACCGCCGCGACCGUGAACGUGAGCGAGACGAUCAUCGACCGUUUGACCGCGGUUCUCGCCAGAGUAGCGGCGACCAUUAUGGCCGCGAGCGACGUGAGCGCGAGGUCGAGCGAGAACGUAAUUAUGUCAGCCGAACCGAUCCGCGCGAGAGACCAACUGAGCUAGACUAUGGAGACAGUCGUCCGAUGCCGUCUCGUCGUCGUCGUGACAGCGAUGAAGAUGGUGGCAGCGGUCGACGUGAUAACAAGCGCGCCCGCUACUCUCCCCGCCGCGACCGUCGCACACGUUCCCGAAGCCCUGCCAUGUCUGCCCCCCCGGAACCCCUCCCACCAAAGGAAGACCCUGGUCUACGCUCUGGAAGUGAAGAGGGCGAGAUCGAAGAAACAUAG